AAGCAAAACCAAAACAGGUUGAAGUGUGUAUUAACAUUUGCAACAUUUUGGCCCCAAGGCAGAACUUGUCUUCCCGUGCCCCCCCUCCUCGGAUCCUGCAGCUGGAAGCAAUGUUUUUCCUUUGCUGCUGCGAGAAGGGCGAGAGCACUGGGAUGGAUGCUGUCCACACCAUGCCAGCGAUCAAUGACACCGAAAAGCACGAGAUUGUCGAGAACACACUGGAGAUGAAUGACAAGAAAGGAUCCUUCACGGUGAAUGUGAGAUUGCCAGAGAUGUACUUACGGCACCUGGGUGUCGAAUUGGAUGACGUCGACGAUCGAGGCCCAAUGCUCAUGACCAUCACCAGCGGCGUGAUUGACACCUUCAAUACGGAAAAUCCGACCAAAGCCAUGAAGCCGUUUGAUUGCAUCACCGCAGUGAACGGAAAGACUGGCGACAAGAAGCUUCUCUUAGAAACAUUGAAGGCAGCGAUGAAGUCCUCAGAGAAGAGUUUGCAUUUGACCUUGGCGCGUCCUACCCCGUACAAGAUCAUCUUGGAAAAGUCUUCACUUCGCCUCGGUGCGCAGUUGAACUACAAGCCAUCCUCUCGUGGGAUUAGUUUGGCCCAAAUCGCGGACGGAGGACGCUUUGACAAGUGGAAUCAAGACAAUCCUGACGUUAUCGUGAAAGUUGGAGACCGCAUCAUCGAAGUGAACGGUGUACGAAUGCUGGGUGGUGAGAUGCUCGGCGAGUUGAAGAAGCAGGAUGAAGAUUUGACGUUGACCCUUUUGCGAUACUGAGCAGCGACGAACUGAGGCUAGGAUAGGCUAGGCAAUUCCGUGGAAACUCGAGAUGUUUUAUUGCUGACGGCAGUCCGUUCCCCAUGUAGCUUCCUG